AGGUGCGUUCCGUUUCACGCAUGGAUCGCAUGAAAAGCUUGGAAAUCGUUCCGUUUCACUCCAUGCGCAAUUCAUGCGCGCAUGAGAAUUUCUCCCACCAUACCACCACUCAGCGCAUGAGAACGCAUGAACUGCCUCAGCUCUCGAGGUGAGGCAGCCCAUGUGUAAUCCAUGCGUAUACGUUUCAUGCGUUUUAUGCGCGAAAUGGAACGCAGCGUUGUUCGGAUAGAAUAAAGUUUUCCCAUAAUUUUAUACUAUGGCUAAUGAAAAAGAGUUACAAGUAUUCGUAAACGAUGAAUUAUGGACACUUAACGUAUCCGCAAUUGAAUUCUUAGCAGCAACGACUGGCAAUGAAGACAUUAUCAAGCUAUUAAUAGAAAGAGAAAGAGAAAAAAGAAGUAUGGCAAUGAUCGAACAACUAGAGCAACAUUCCUUAGAAGGUUACCAACCUGUGGAUGCAUCUGAAAUAAACAACGAACAGCCUGUGGAUGCAUCUGAGAUAAACAACGAAGUUAUAAAUAAGAAAGAGUCCUUUACAUGGCCAGAUAAAGCAGUCCUUUUAUUACUCGAGAUCUAUCGAAAUAAAGAAUCAGAAUUUGCGGGUUUAAAACGUCACAACAAAAUAUGGAAUGAAAUAUCUAAUGAAAUGAAAGAAGGAAACUAUAAUGUGACUGGUACUCAGUGCCAAAACAAAAUGUCCGGAUUCAAAAGAACAUACAAAAAUAUUACUGAUAGCAAUAAAAAGUCAGGAAAUCAUUCCAGUUCUUGGGCUUUUUACUCGGCGAUGGACUCAAUAUUCGGAGAAAAAGCAUGGGUAGAUCCGAUGUCAAUAGCCAGCAGUGAUAAUCCACCUUCCCCAGGUUCUUUCUCAGAAAAGUCAUCAUCUACUUCAGAGAAGUUAGCCGACAGAUUUGGCUUAACCAUGACAGCGGAGGAACCAAAACCGAAAAAAAGAAGAGUAGAAUCGAUUUUAGAGUCAUUUAUUUACGAAAUGAAAGAAGAAAAACAGAAAGAGAAAGAAGAUAGAGAACGACGUAGAGCAAAAAAGGUAGAAAGACUGAAUGAAAUGCAUAAAGAAAAAAUGCAACUUCAGCAAUCUUUCCUUGAAAUAUUCUCCAAGAUCGCAGAACGCAAGUAGCCCUAAAGUAUGCAUAUGCUUAUUGAUGUUUUUUUGUUUAAAAAUUUAGCUAAAAUAGCUAUUUAUACAAAUUAUAAACAUGUAAUGAUAAUUUUACUUGAUUCGAAAAAGCGCUCAAGACUUAUUGUUCAUACAUUUGAUACAAUUACAUAUACAUAACAUCUGCUUAAUAUGAAGCAUAAGAU